AUGUCUGAUAUUUCUUCUAACGCUCGUACUAUCCUCCUUGAUUCUAUGUCUACCAAUUAUUCAUCUGAACUUCAUUCUUCUCCCUCCCAAUCCCAAUCCUCUCAAGUGAAAGAUUUUCCUGAUUCCUCUAAGAUUAUCAAUCCCACUUCAACCCCGCAGAUCAAUGAUCAAAACCAAAACCAAAAACAAAACCGACAAUCUCCAUCACCAUUACCAUUCUUAGACCCAAAUCCCAACCUCAUCGCUCGAAAUGAUUGGCCACGUCUCCUCGCCGCAUAUCAUAUAGCACUUUCCAAAGCUCAACCUCGUCAUCAAAUGUUUAUGGGUUUAGGACCUGGUAUUGAACAACCUACUAUAGAUUCAAUCAUUUCAAUACUUUCACAUCCAUCUCGUAUCCAAUCGUAUCUUUCCGAAUUAGGUAUGACACGUCGUCCUGGAGAAGGUAUGGCAGUAAGGUUGAUCAUGUCUAGGGAAAAGGUGAAAAUCGAUUGGGAUAGAAUUAGGUAUUAUAUCAGGAUGAGAUCUGUCAUACAAUUUGUUGAUGAUACUGUUGAUCAAUCUAAUUCCUCUAUAUCUUCUACUCCAAAUGUUUCUACGGAUAAAUUGGUUGAUGGGACUCAAGAUGAAGGGGAGGAAAAAGAAGCGGGUGGAAAUAUGGUGGAAGAUUUUGAAAGGAAAAAUCUUGAAGAGAAUAAACAAGGGAAAGUUAUUGUUAAAGAAAUUAUCAGACAAGUUUCAGUUCCGAAUCCGUUGAAAACUUUCAUCCAAAGUUUAAGAGAAUUAGAACCGGAAUUAACCAACACGAUCAAUAAGAUCCGACCACAUUUUCCUGCUUUGGACGAAUCUGUAGUCCCUUGCGUAGUGGCUACUAUAGUCAAUGGGAUAGGUAGAUCGAGGGUAAAUAAAUUGAUUGCUCGAGAAGGACGAGGGACGGUCUUGAGACAUGUGGCGACUUUUGUCAAACAACAAAAAGCCAUGUUGAUUAAAAUGUCGGAAGGUUUGUUGGAAGUUGUUCUAGAAGUGAGAGCGGUUUUAAGUGUUCUUGAUGAUGACUCGGAAGUAAUUCAGGAUGGGGAACAACCGGAAGGAAUGGAAGAGAAAGAAAAAGAGGUAAAUGUGGAUGGAAGUACGGAGAAUGAUGAGGGAGAAGAGGGAAUUGGAAAAGACGAAGAAGUAAAACAACAUUUGGAAUUGUCAAUUUGGCAAAUCAAAGUCAGAGUUGUAAUGCCGAUGCAAAAGAGGUGA